GUUGAAGGACCCCGCAUUGUGUGACCAUGCAGAUGCCGAAUUUGAGUAGGACAUCUAUGGACACAAUAUUACAGACAGAGCCGUCUGAUCUUUUCACUGAAAGUGCGUAUUAUUUGUUGGUGGUUACAAGACUUACACGUUAAACAGAAAUGUCGUGUUUUGGUGGUGAUACCAACUUCUGCCCAGAAUGUGGGAACGUUCUUCCUCUCCCAGGAAUACAGGACACAGUCCGCUGCCCCCGUUGCUCCUUCUGCAUUCCCGUAACAGAGUUUUCAGGUCAGGAGAUCCGCUCUUCAGUCAUCUUUAACCCUGCUGAGCAGUCGUCAGUGGCUCUGGAGGACGAGGAAGACUCUGAACUGAAGGGACCUGUGAUUGACAGACGCUGUUCUCGUUGCAAUAAAGAGGGGAUGGUUUACCACACCAGGCAGAUGAGAUCUGCAGAUGAAGGACAGACUGUCUUCUUCACUUGUAUACACUGCAGGUAUCAAGAGAAAGAGGAUUCCUGAGAGGACAUCUGAUUCACCAUCUCCACUCCUCUCCAUAUUUGCUGGUGUUGAUUCCAGGUGGUUAGAUGCUUUCUCAGGAUAUGGUUUGUAAAUAUAAGUUUGAGUGAGCAAAUAGUCUGUCCCUUUACUUCUUUGUUACUUUAUCUAAUGAGGCAGUGCAGAGCAGAGCACAGCAUGUCAGGGACUUUUCCCUCCUGAAUGACAAAUUAACACUGAAUAAAGACUGACUAAAUAACCUUUACUCACUUACUAGCUUCUUUUCCCUAGAGCCUUCAGUUGUAUCUUGAGGUCUUAUAUUACUGGAUGGAUUUCACUGUUUUAAUGGAAGAAGCGUAGCUCAGUUGUCAUUGAUGAUCUCCCUCUGAUGAAUGCUGUGAGAUAAAACUGACUCUAAAUUAAGAUUUUUUUCUGUCAAACUACACUUUUCAGGAAGAAGUGUGAACUUUAAUGCUGAACUUUAGUAUGUGACAUUUAUAUAACUGAUGUGGUUUAUUACAAAAUGCUAUUAAAGGUGAAUUAAUU